AUGGCGGACGAAGGUUCAUCGUCAGGAGGCCGUGGAGCCGGGGCUGGCGGUGUCGCCGCUUCCCGUCGCGGCGUGCGGCCACUCAAGGCAGCCUUGAUGGCCAUCUUCUCCUUGUCCCUGGCACUGGCAAUUGCCCUAGUAGUCGUUUUCACCGUAAAAAACAUCCACAGGCCCAAGUUCCAUGGCGAGUUCCAGGCGUCGCACCUGUUCUCGUGGCAGCGACAGCGAUCUGGUUUCAUCUACACGUGUACCUCGGAGUACUGCCUUAAGGAGGGCGAGCAGCUUCAGAAGCACGUAGCCUGGACGCUGGACCCAUGCGAGGACUUUUACGACUACGUUUGCUCCAGCACAAAGCCGGCAUCAUCGGUGCGCAGAUCGGCCGUUCGACACUUUCUGCGUGAGAUUCACGACGUCAUUGACAAGUACUCACGGCUAGGUUGGCUCAAACGCACUCGACUCACUAAUCAAGUGUCGUCAUUUUACAAGGCGUGCAGGAGUGGCCAUUACAACUCUGUCCCAGAACAAAUGGAUCAGACGCUUGUAUUGCUCAAGCUGUCUGGCAAGGACGCAAUCCUCGAAGAAGGUCUCGCCUCGCUGGCGAAGAUUCUGCAGGUAUUUCCGCUCAUGCACGUGUCCGUGACGACCAAGGCCAAAUACAGCCGGGAAUGCAUCGCACUUAGGAGGCCGAAGACUUUUAACGGGGACCACAUCUUCGACAUUCCGAAGGCCUUCUCGAAGAAGUACGUCCCAUUCGUCAAAGCACUUCUCGGUUCCGAGCAAGCGGCGCAGAACGUGAGAGAAGUCGACAUCUUUCUAAAAAAAUUCUCGGGUCUCUGGAGCGAGAGCUAUCAGAAAAUGUCGGAGUACGAAACAACCACGAUCGACGAACUCAGGGUAAAUGGUUUGAACUGGAAAACUUUCUUGUUUAAGUUAAUAGAGUCUGCAACCAAAGACCACUGCGUUGUCAUUCUCUCUCAAGAUUACUUUAAGCAUGUUGAGAAGAUGUUCCAAAAGUUCACUACCAACCAAGUUGCCGACUUCGUCAAGUACAGCGCAAUUCUCCACCUCUAUCCCUUUGUGAAGCUUCAACAGUCUGCUUCAUUGGCCACCUACCAAAACAUCAGCGAGGAGGUCUGCUCGCUCCUUACUUACAGAGUGUUCAACUACAUUUUCGUCCGACAUUUCAACUCGACUGUUCGCCUCGAUGUCAUCACGAGUGCUGGAAUGAAAGAAGCCAUUUUACGGAAUUCGUACAGGAGCGUGCUGGACUCUGCCUCCGAGAUUCCAAUGACUACAGUAAACAACAUCGAGGACGAGAUCAUGUCUAUCGGGCCCACUUACUUCAGCCUGAUGGAUGAUGUGGAUGCCUACUAUUCUUCCAACAACGUCGACCCAGACGUGGAAAACAUGCUUCUUUCCUAUGUGAAGGCCAAGGCGGCGCUGUCUGAGCACUACGUUGCAACCGUGCUCAGAUCCGGAGAGACCAUUCGGGACGGAAACCUCGAGCUGACCUCUCAAUACGACCCGGACACCAGUGUCCUCACGGUGCCGCUCUCCAUCGCGCCGCUCGUGCUGAAGGGCCGCGAGUUCUUCCUCGAGUCAUCGACGGUGGGCUUCGUGAUGACGCGCUUCCUGUACCACGUGUUCCAGGAGAAGUUCCUCUUUGGCAUGGAAGCCGAGACGGAGGCGCUUCAUGGCGUCAAAGGUUGCCUGGAGAGACAGUAUGGAGCCAUCGAGGUGGGCCCUCUAAACAAGACUCUGGACGGCCACCGUACACUGCGCGAGAACAUGGCCGACAACGUGGCCGUCACCGUGCUCCACAGGGCCUAUCGGACGUCGCUUCUGUUCUACAUAUCGACCAUGGACGCGAUGGGCUUCCAGAAUGUAUUCCUUCAUUUUGAGAACCUUCCCAGCGUGAGCUCGGAGCAGCUUUUCUACCUGAUGUUCGGUCAGUCUUUUUGCGACCCAGACGAGGACACGGAGCGUGUCAUUGACGACGCCACUUGGGCGCCGGCAAAGUACCGCGUGAACGUGCCACUUAGCAACUACGAGCCUUUUUCAAAGGCCUUUGAGUGUCAGCCUGGAAGCAAGAUGAAUCCAAAGAAGAAGUGUCGUGCCGUGUGA